UUACCCUUUUAAAAAGCCGUUGGAAAGGCAGUUGGUUCUGUUGAUGGCACUUUUAUUUUAAUUAACAUAACGUUACCAGUGAGGCUGGUUAUUAAUGGUCAGAAACACUUUAACUUAAUUAUUUGACAACCGCGUGCAAUGAGACAUGUCCUAAUGUAAAGACAGAUUUGUGGAGUUUUUUCCAGAAUCUUUUGAAAGAUGGGGUUCGAGUACAUGUAUAACAUAAAGGAGGGUUCUUGGGAAGAUGCGUAUUCAAAGACUAGUGCUUCAGCACUUUCCCCAAAAACUCACAAUGUGAGACUAUGGAAUCUGUUCAUUGCUCUAACAUCAUUAAUAGCUUUUUCCAUCUCAAUGUUUCAGGUCUUUUUCAAUGGCACUUUGCAGUCAGUCAAUACGAUAAAAUAUGGCCUUGAUCUUAUUUAUUUUUUAUACAUUGUUUCACGUUUCUGUAUCGGGUUUGAAGAAAAUGGUGUAGUAAUCACAGAUGCAAAACUGAUUCGGAGAAGGUAUUUGCGCACUUGGUUUCUUGUGGAUGUGUGUGGUUUGAUUCCCCUGGAAAGCUUGGCAUUGGCAAAUUCAGCAUUAUUUGUUUUGAAAUUAAAUUGUUGUCUGAGGGUGUUGACUUUGUUCAGAAUAACAGCCUCAUUUGCAAAGGAACCAGACACCAACAAAAUACAUUUGACAGCCCUCAAUUCCUUUUGUAUUAUUGUUAUUUGCAUUCAGUUAUGUGCAUGUUUUUGGUACCACGAUGUGUGUACAGGCGCUCAUAGUACUGACUUGAGAAACUGUCAAAGAUUUUUCAACUGGCUACAGUUGUUCCCAGAUGUUUCAACCAAUUUGACUGGAGUCUCCGAUAUGAGGCUUUUUGUUGAUGCAAUAUACUGGGCUGCGAUAACAUUAAGUGGUGUUGGGUAUGGAGACAUUUAUCCCAUUAGUACUUCAGAGGUGCAAAUUACAUGCAUCGUCAUGGUUGUUGGUUUACUUGCCUUUGCUGGAGUCAUUAUGACAGGAAUGAGCUCCAUUAUAAGCAACUUGGAUUCCCAACGUGGAAGAUUCUACAAUCGAAUGGAAGCCAUCCGUAUGCACAUGACACACGUGGGAUUGCCCGAGGAAGUUCAAACAUGGGUAUACAAAUAUUACUACUAUCUGUGGAUACACCGUAAGGGCAAUACGAUUGCUGGAUUGUGGGAUGACCUACCAUAUACUUUGCGUUCAGAGAUUGCAACUGCAUGCCAUAAACCAGUGUUAAAAAAGGGUUCCAUAUUUGAUGGCAAUGAUCAUGGCUUCUUAAGAGCUUUACAUGCUAAACUUAGCACUUCCACAUACAGUCCAGGGCAAAUCUUGGCAAAACCAGGAGAAGUUAAUAAAAAUGCAUACUACAUUGAAAAUGGAUUGGUGCAGGUAUAUGGAAAUAAUGAGGAGAAAAUUGCAACAUUGUUGCCAGGAUCAUUCAUUGGAGAAGUAUAUUUGAUGUUCAAAAUACCAAGAAAUACCACAAUUUCAGCUUCAACCUUGUGUGAAAUUUGUGUUUUGAAACAUAAAGACCUUAUCUCACUACUGGCUGAUUAUCCGGAAGCUGGACUAAAGAUUGCAAGAGCAGCCAGGAGACGGCUUCACAAUGUUAAAUACCCCCUCUCUGAAGCUGUUGCUUUAGGACUAGCUUCAAAUCCACGGAAUGUGAUUUUUCAUCAGAAUUCUAAUAUAGAUCUAAAGCCAAAGGACCAGCGGAUAUUGAAUUUAUUUAUGGAGUUCAUGUCUCAUCAGUUGAAGAAUGCCCCCUCAUUAUCUAAAUCAUCUACAGAUAAACAAAAGGUUCUUGGAAUUCCAACUUUACACUCAGAUGACAGAUUUGUCAAGAGUUGGGAUAUCGUAAUAUUUUGGUGUGUAACUGUGUCGAUAUUCACAGAAACCUGGUUGUUUUUCUUCACAAAUAACUUGGAAACAAAGGGGUUUUACUACAAUUAUUGGGGACUGAUGUAUCUUCUUCUCAGCAUAUUGAUUGAUAUUGUUGCUGUAAUUGACAUAUUCAUCAAUCUUCGCAUAGAAGUAAUAACAAAACAUGGUUAUUUAUCAGAUAUAACAGCCAUUUUCAACAACUAUCGGAAAUCCUGGAAUUUUUACUUUGAUGUCCUGGCUAUUUUUCCUUUUGAUUUAUUAUCCUUCAUGUACACUGGAGAAUGUCGCUGGAGAAAUUUAACUUACUGCAGAUUAAAUCGGCUUCUGUGGAUUCGUAAGGUUUAUUUGUAUUUCAAGAAAAAGGAGGAGGAUCUGGACAACAACUUGUUUGUGCAAAGAACAGCAAAGUGUAUUUUCCUCUUGGUGAUUUCUCUACACUGUUGCUCUGGGUGUUUGUAUUUUGCAGGAUGCACAAAGAAUCGGUGUGAUGAAAAUUCAUGGGCAUUGAAUGUUGGUCUGAAAAAAAAUCAUUCAAAUUUUUAUCAUUACAUGAUCACUGUAUAUUGGGCAACUACAACAAUGACAAACGUUGGAUAUGGUGAUAUAGUGCCCAGCACUAUGACUGAGAAGAUGGUGGCAGCAAUGGUUGGCUUAAUUGGAUUAUUUAUCUUCAACUACAUUGUCAGUCAAAUUUACGCAACAUUAUCCAGCAAAAAUGCAGCUCGGGUGACAUUUCAGAAUCUCCUCUCAUCAGUGACUCUGUUUAUGGAACACCAAAAUCUCAGUUUAUCUCUUCAAAAAAGAGUCAGGGAUUACAUGAGUCUUCUGUGGUCAAGUUAUCAAGGUGAAGCAUACCCAGGUGGACCUUAUUUAAUGCAUGACUUGCCCACUGAAUUGCAGCAGAUUGUUCUCAUGAAGGAGAGAGGACAGCUUUUGUCAAAGAUUCCUUUUUUUGAGCAAGCUGGUCCAGCUUUUAUUCGGGAUAUUGCAUCAGUAUCAGUGAUGUACUUUUUUCCCAGAGGGGAAAUAAUUCAGUACAGUGACACAAUUACAAGGGAACUUUUUUGUGUUCAUCGAGGGAUAUGUCAGAUUUUAACUGAUGAUUUGUCAGAUAUUGUGGCACUAUAUGGAGAGGGGAUGUGUUUUGGAGAGGUUGGGUUUAUGUUUGGAAAACAAGCCGUCGUGACAGUGCGCGCAAAGACACACUGUGAGAUAUUAUCCAUUGAUUUCGAAAAAAUGAAACCAGUCCUUGAGCGAUACCCUGCAAUGAAAAGACAGAUUGAGAUGCUACAGAACAAAACAGACUAUUACAAUCAAAUUGUGGAUGCAGUUGAGGGAAUGAUGAGAUCAAAACACAGACCAAUAGAAGAGGAUGUAACACAAAUAAGGAGGAAAGAUGCUGCCUUUGCAUAUGAAGGUCGCAGAUAUGCUAAAAAAUCUAAGUGUUACGUAGAAGAUUUUGGAAAUUUUCCAAUUUAUGCUGGGACAGAAGAAGAAACCAUUGAAGAAAGACUCUUAAAACUCAGCAAAACAAGAAUGAUACCUAGGAAACCAAGGACAUAUCUAGAGCACAUGAAAGAGUUUUUCUUCAGAUCUUUCCCUUCUUUUAUUCUAAUGAGGAAUGCCAUCUUGCCAAGCAAUACAACAUAUAUCCGAUGGGAAUUCUUCCGCAUAUGUGUAGCCAUUGCAAUAAGCACUUUUUCUUUGUUACUUUUUUCCUUUUUGCACAAGGAGCGAUGGAUGUGGAUUAUUUUGUACAACCUUGAAGGUUUUUGUUGGAUUGAUAUUUAUAUUCGUAUGCAUGUUGCAUUCUAUAAAGACAACUGUCUUCAAGUGGAAACAUUAGAAACAGCAAAGCAUUAUUUGAAGACCAGUUUUCUUCUUGAUUUCAUCAGCUGUUUUCCAUGGGAAAUUAUUGGCCUCAUGUAUUUUAACAUAAACACUAUUGCCCUUUGGGAUACCAGACCUGAAAUACUACACAUUUUUGCAUACCUUAGAGUCCCACAUAUUUUACAGUUGUACCGGGUUCCUUUGGCAUUUUCUUUCUAUCAGUCAGAGAUUACAACAGAAAAAACAGCUGUUACAUUUUUAAAGUUUUUUCUUUAUACCGCAAUGUUUCUUCACUUCUGCACCUGCAUUGUAUUUGCAAUCGUAUGCCCCCCAGCAGACCUUACUGGUGACCCUACAAUUUAUCUUUUGCCUUUGGUAAAACACAACUGUUCUAGAUUGUCAUGGGUAAAUCACUUGGAUUACUCCUUUGAUGUUGUUUAUGAAAAUGUGACCUUUACGCAGUUGUAUGCUAUAAGCUUAUAUUUUGCAACUACAACCCUUUGUGGAAUUGGGUAUGGGGACAUUCAUCCUUAUCUAACUUCAAUGAGAAUUGCCAUGAUCUUCAUUAUGGUAGCUGGAGCCCUAUAUAUUGGUUUUUUGUCUGGUACUGUCACUUCAAUACUUGCUAAUGCAGAUGCACCAAGAGCUGCUUUCACUGACAAAGAGGACAUCAUCAAAUUAUUUCUUAAGAGUCAGAAGGUAACGGGGCAGCUGUAUGACAGCAUCCUGAGUUUUUAUACAUUCAGAUGGAUAAGGACAAAAGGAGUAAAUCAAGACGUAGUAUUUGAAUAUCUUCCAUCAUCACUGUUGGGGGAUGUAUCCACCAUUAUCUAUGCUGAUGUUAUUGCAAAGGCAUUUGGUCUGAAGGUCAAGAGAAAACAAAGACAGGAGUUAGUAACACAGCAUUUAAGUCCAUUGGAGAGGAAGUUGUCAGGAAAAUUGGGGCAACCAUUUUUUCAGGAAGUACUGAAAAAGGAGAGCGUGGAACAACUAGAAACUGAUGCUGGAUUUAUUCGAUUACUGGCUAGACAGAUUAGACCUUGUCAUUACAGAGCUGGAGAUGUUAUUUGUAAAAGGAAUGAGUAUGGAGCAGAGAUGUAUUUCAUUGACAAAGGAGAAGUUGAUGUUUUAUCUAUAGAUGAGUCAAGUGUUAUGAUUACACUAAAGGCAGGACAGCACUUUGGAGAAGGAAGCUUAUUGUUUUCAGAGCCAAGAGCAACAACAAUAAGGGCAGCGAGCAACUGUGAUCUGUUCACACUUUCAAAGACUAGCCUGGAUGAAGCUAUCAUAUACUAUCCAAAAAUUUAUAGGGAAAUUAAGAAGGCUGCUGAAAGAAAGCAGGUGGAAUUGAUUCAAAAUAGUAUUUCUAGCAAAAAGAAAAAGAUGGGUAAAGACAAAGAGUUUUCAUCAGAUGACACAGGAUAUAUUAAGUUUUACAAAGACAUAAUGGAAGAGGACCACAAAAAGAAUUAUAAUAAGCCUACAUACAGAGGAUGUUUUCUGCUAGAUAACUUCUCCAACUUUUGGAUGCAUUUGCUGAAAUUUCACAACUCAACUAUGGACCCAGUGAACCCUAUCCGUAUAAUCUAUCAGUACACAUCUUGUUUGUUCAUUGUCAUUUUUUUUUGGUCAAUAACAUUUAUGCCUAUCACAUUUAACUUAAGUCAAAAUCUCUUCACUAUGGCCAUGGUGAUUGAAUACAUUCUACUUAUUGAGAUCCUCUUUAAGUUCCAUGUUGCUUAUUAUGAUGAAGAAGGAACAUACAUCUCUGGCUAUAAAUCUGCAUCUCGGAACUAUUUGUUUGGGAAAAUGGGUUACUUCUUUGAUAUUGUGGCCUCUUUCCCAUCAGGAUUGAUAGUGCUGAGUUUAAUUGGUACUAUACAUGCAGAAACAUAUUUUGCUUUUAUUAUAAAAAUUCGCCUCCUACAUCUGCCAAAAAUUCUUUCUGCACUGAUUUUCAUGAGAGAGGAAGAGAAAUCCAUUAGUACCAAUUUGCUUGUAAUAAGAAUCAUCAAGUAUUUGGUCCAAGGGGUUCUCUUUGUGCAUAUUACUGCUCUUAUAUGUGUGUUGUACGCAGAGAAUACUGACAGGUUCCGUGGGGAUAUAGAGGCAUCAUACUUUGUCAAAAAGUAUAUGUAUGGAGCAUACUGGACACUGGCAACGUACACAACAACUGGUUUUGGAGAUUUUCGUCCUAGAAAUUUCGGUGAAAUGUUAUUCACCAUUUUUUUAAUGAUUAUAGCGAAGAUGCAUGUAAUUUACAACAUGGGGGUCCUUUCCUCUUCUCAAACAAAUAAGCAGUCACUCCAGGUUGCCUUUGAGGAGAAGCUACAGGCUGUUACCGCUUAUAUGAUUGAUACAAACAUUCCCUCAAAUUUAUACAAUCGGGUGACCCACUUCUACAACUACAUCUGGACACGGACAAAAGGGAUACGAUCUGAAGUUUUGUUUCAGGAUAUUCCGCAUUGUAUGAAAACUGACAUUUUUUCAAGAAUAUGUAUUCAUCUUCUGAAGAAGCAACAGUUGUUUGCCCAUCUCUCAGAGACCUUUCUGCACCACCUAGUAUCUAAAAUGUACCUGAUAAGCUACACAGCUGGAGAGCAUAUUAAGACAAGGGGAGAUGUUGGUGUUGGGAUGUGGUUGAUCAUAUUUGGCAGUGUGAAACUGAAUAGAUAUGAAAACAAAGGGGACUACUAUAAAUCUGUCUCCACUGGAUCAAUUCUGGGACUACAUCUACUUUUUACACGGAAACUCUGUGGAUUCACCGCGGUGGCUGAAAACUAUGUAGACGUUUUCUAUUUGACUAAGGAUAGAUUUGAUGAAAUCUGUUCAUAUUACCCAAAGGUUACAAAAAGACUUUAUAAGAGAGCACAUAAUUAUGCGAGUAUACCUUUGUAAAAGUAUAACGCAAGAUAUAUUGUUCUAAUUUCAAAUAUUAAAGGUUGGUCAUUUAUAGUAUAAAUAAUGAAAGUUGAUUGAUGAUAUGUUAUAACUUGUAUUGUGCUUUGUUGAUUGCUGAUUUUACAUUAUAUUACAAACCUUGUUUGAAAUGUUAAGGCAAUAAACAGUCUUUACUGGG